AUGCUUCUUCUACUCGGUGUUCCGUGUUUCCUCAGUUGGAUUUACUUCAAUUGGAUGUUCUCCUAUUGGGGUUUCAGGGUUUUGAAGUUUUUCCAAAGCGAGAGAGAAUUCUUAGGAGAGAGCGGCCAUGAGCGAUCGGCGAAGCUUCUCGAGCUCGUUAAUGCCAGCAAGGACUGUAGAUUUGGAGCGCAGUGUUUCUUCUUGUUCCUUAUUGAGAGUUUUACCUUGGGCAAGGGAUUCUUCCACCUAGACAAUGCGAUUUUGCUUUUUGUGGAGGGCUCGAAGGAUUUUGUUGAUUGCAUAGGUCCGUUAGACAUUUCGGAGGAUUAG